CAAGCCCGGAAACAGCAGACCGUAUAUAAAGCAAGACACGCAAGUUAACAUUCAAUUCAGAUUUUAGAAACCAACAAGCGAGAAUAAACAUUCAGAGUGAAGAGCAGUUGCUGAAAACUGCAAUAUUAAAUAAAAUUUUAGAUUUUAAAUAAAGGUAUAUAAAGCUUAAGGGAAACCUCAAUUAAACGAUGAUUUCUUCAAUUAGUUUUGCAAUUGUCACGCUUUGUGUGAUUGGUUAUGUGCAAUCCCACAGUUGGAUUGCAUGUUCCGACUACACAGAAAAAAACGGCGGUAAUUGGGACCCAAAUCGUUGCAGAGGGUUUCCACGUGACAGUCGAAAUUAUGCACCCAAAAACAGUUUUGGACUUGACAGAGGAUUUGACCACAAGCCUGGUAACGGCGGUGAUGUGUGUAAAACAAGAUACUCUGCUUCAAGCUACAGCAGCGAAUACCCGAAAGCAAUCUACUAUCCUGGGCAGCAAGUAGUAAUAGUUCAUCCAAUGAAGAAUCACGGAGCUGACAGGUGCACUAAUGCCCAUAUUCCGGAUUUUGGAAACGCCAUUUACCGCGGUGUAAACGCUAUGGACAGAUCAGGAACCUUAGCUCAUUUUAAAGCCAAUUUGGUUUCUGACCUUGGUAGAUCUCCCGUUGGCCAACCAAGUUUAAUGAGUAUUUAUCCAAAACCUGGUUACCAAAAUGCUCCCAAUUUCUGUGAUGAUACGGAUAAAUCGAUGGGAACUUACAGUUUCAACAUACCCGGCAAUAUUGCCCCAGGCGAAUAUACGUUUGUAUGGAGAUGGAGUUUCAAUGGACCCCAAGAUCAUUACAGCACUUGUUUUGAAGUCAUAAUUGCCCCAAACAAAGCGUCUCGCGACCAACAACUUCAAAGCAGAGGAGUCAGCGACUUGUCCGUAGCAUGCGGCGGCACAGUGUCCAACAACGGUGCUGGUAGCACUGUCGGGUGCACACCAGGCGCUACCGCCCCACCAGGUCCAAGCACUGUAGCCCCAACAACUACCAGAUCCACAACAACUACGACACCACGCACAACCACACGAAGGACAACCACACCCCCACAAACUCCCGGUUUUGGCCAACGUCGUGUUCCAAUGAAAGCUUACCAACUGAGCGGUGAGAUCAGUCUCGGUCCAGCUGUUUCUACUGUUACAAGAAGAUUCGUUUCGGUUCACUUCGACUGCAGUGUGGAGGCUAGCUUUUGGAACGCCCGCCUUCUUCGCAGCCACAACCACGAAAACAGCCGUAAGAAGCGCCACAGUGCCAUACAUUAUGACCUCGUGCAGGAACAAAGCGGGCAUGUAGCCUCUGGCAAAAUCUACUUUACUGCAACUUACAGCGAGGCUUGUGACAUCAUAAGCAACCCUCCCAUUGCAACUAUUACGAUGGAAGAAUAAAAUAUUGUGUGGAAAACUUUAUAUAUUAUCAGGGACUACAAUCAUAUGUUUCUAAUCACUGUUUAAUUACUUUCAUACUCGCCGAUUACUUAUAAUAAACUGAAGGAAAUUGAAA